AUGUCCAAUCCAGUUAAGAAAUCGCGACAAGGAGAGAAAAUGCUCCUGAAAUCCAGAGGAAUCCAGAGCAAGGCUUCUCAUGAUCUCAGGAGGCUUCAGUCCCUGCUUGCCAAAAGCGUUCCCAGUCAAGAGGUGGCAGCGCUGAGUCACAGUAAAGCACGCAGCAGUAGAGCCAGCAGAUCUCAUAGCCUGCAUCCUCCGAAAGAUAGUAGCAACAGACAGAGGAGUGAGAGUGACAUCUCCAGUGAAGCCUCUGAACUGGAAAAAUUCAGCAUCACAUACAAAAACCAAAGAUGUUUCAGCAGCCACCCACUGCACAAACUCUUCUCUGACAUCCUUUCGUCUUUGGUAAAGAACAGACUGUGCAGUGAAUGGAUUGACCAUGCACUGCCUGACUGUGUCCUUAGAGUUCUGAUCUGCUUACGACUAUUAAUCAGAGAUCCCCACCAUCAGAAAAUGCUCCAUCAGCUUCAAGGCAUCAAUUUACUUGCCAGGUAUAUGGAGCAGGUCACUGCCAUGUACAUAUCUUGUGGCGAACAAGCGUUUGCUGUGCAGAAGCUGGUCACAAUGACCUACAUGUUUCAGAAGCUGUCUGCUAUUGAAGAUCAAAGGGUCAGGGUCAUCGAGAGCGGCGCUCACAGGACACUGGUGAAGCUCCUCUCCACAACUGAUAGCAGUGUGCUGCUGGGAGCCCUGCUGGCUCUCACCACUUUGGCUGAGAGCCCAGAAUGCAAGGAGGAGAUUGGCAAGCUUCCCAUAGUGGAGAACCUACUUUUAAUACUGCAAGAAUAUGACUUACUGUCAAAGAGAAUGAGUGCGGAGCUGCUGAGGCUCCUGUCCCCGGUGUGGCAGGUGAGGGAGCAGGUGAGGGAGUUGGAGGGUCUGCCGGUGCUGCUGAGCCUGCUGUAUGGCCAGCACCUCAAGCUGCUGUGGAGCGUCGCCUGGGUCCUGGUCCAACUCUGUGAGGAUCCCAACACCAGGACGGAAAUCCGGAGCUGGGGCGGCGUGCAGCAGCUUCUCCGGCUGCUCAACAGCGACAGGCAGUACGUCUCUGACCGCUCGUCCAUCGAGACGCUCUCAAGCGCCAACGCAGCCGGCCGCAUCCAGAGAGAGCACAUCAGAGAGGAGCUCAGCCCGCAGGAGGAGGUGGACAACACUAUGGCCCUGCAGUCAGCCUGCUGUACAGUUUUGACUGAACUUAGUCUGGAUGACACAUCUGCUCACCACAUUGUGCAGGAAAAUGGGGUAUAUAUAAUCGCAAAGUUGAUUUUACCACAAAGCCCUGGACCAACGGGGACAUCUUUACAGUGCUAUGGGUUUCGGACUCUCCGGUUUCUCUUUAGCAUGGAAAGAAACAGACAUCUGUUUAAGAGACUCUUUCCCACAGACCUCUUUGAGUUGUUUAUUGAUGUUGGACAUUAUGUGCGGGACCUCACGGCCUACAAGGGACUUCAAACCAAAGUUUCCCUCUACACUGAAGAGGAAGUGGACAGUCUAAAAGAGAGCAUCGAGACUGUAGACCAGAACCGACCUCCCCUUAAAGUCAUUAACGGCUACUCAAUACUGGACCAUCUGGGCACCGGCGCCUUCGGAAGCGUCUUUAAGGUCCGAAAGCACAGUGGUCAGAACCUCCUGGCUCUGAAGGAGGUGAACCUCCAUAACCCGGCGUUUGGCAAAGACAAGAAGUCCAGAGACAGUAACGCGGAGAAAAUCAUCGCUGAGCUCACGAUCGUCAAAGAGCAGAUGACACACCCAAACAUUGUUAAAUAUUACAAGACAUUUUUGGAAGUCGACAAGCUGUACAUCGUGAUGGAGCUGAUCGAGGGAGUGCCGCUGGCUGAACAUUUUAACUCUCUGAAGGAGAAGCAGCAGAAUUUCACAGAAGACAGAAUUUGGAAUAUAUUCAUACAGAUGUGUCUGGCACUGAGGUACCUGCACCUGGAAAAGAGAAUAGUCCACCGCGACCUCACACCAAACAACAUCAUGCUGGGUGAAAAGGACAAAGUCACCAUCACUGACUUCGGCCUCGCUAAGCAGAAACAGGAGAACAGCAAGCUAACGUCAGUGGUCGGCACCAUCCUUUACUCCUGUCCAGAGGUGGUGAAGAACGAGCCGUAUGGAGAGAAAGCAGACGUCUGGGCUUUGGGCUGCCUCCUCUACCAGAUGGCCACUUUACAACCUCCGUUCUACAGCAGUAACAUGCUGUCGCUGGCCAGCAAGAUUGUCGAGGCCGUCUACGAGCCGAUAGAAGAAGGAGCUUUCUCAGAGAGAGUCACAGACAUGAUCAGAUGGUGUUUGAGUCCAGAUGCAGACCAGCGGCCGGACAUCAUGGCCGUCAGCUCCAGGAUCUCUGACCUUAUGAUGAGGCUGAUGGACGGCCUCUACACUUCCCAGAAUGCACUGGAAAGAAGAGCAGAGAGAGACAGGAAACGAGCGCAGAAGUACUUCCUGGAGAGGCACAAAAGCAGGACGGACUGCUGUCACUCAAACUUGUCUCAGGAAAAAUCCUUAAUGACUCAAUCGCUAACCCCACGCUCUUCUGCAGCCUGUAGUUCAAACCACAGCGAGCGAGAUGAUGCCUCAGAUGGUGAUGUUGAACCAUGCGAUACCAACAUCGACACCGCUGCUUUUAAAGGAAAACACUACGGAUUAAAGACCAGUGCCUGUGUUACACCCGACCAAAUUCAAUCUGGGGGGGAUUAUGCAGCUGCAAAGAUUAAACCAAGACCAGUGUCAGCAGGGAUCUGUGUCUCCCAGAAGAAGGUUCGGCAGAUUGAUGAUCCCAUUCAGAGGCUCCUUGUGCAGCUGCACAAAAUUAUUUACAUCACUCAGCUUCCACCUGCUCCGCACCACAAUAUCAAACGACGGGUCAUUGAAAGAUUUAAAAAGUCUCUGUUCCACUUUGGGAGCGAUCCAUACAACCUGAAAGUGGAGCUCAGCAAGCUCCUCCAGACCUCUCCAGAGCUGAUGGAGUUAGGUGCAGCCAGUUCAGACUGGUGGCCUCUGGUGCAUCACUUCUCAGGGGAGCCCCAUGCUGCUGACAGCACAGAUGAUGGGAAUCUCAAAGAUGGAGUCACCUAUCAGCAGAUGCAGGGGAUUGUAGAAGAGCUGCUGGAGGAGAACAGCUACUAUGAGGCAACACACAGCAGGAUCGUAGUGAAAAAGAAAUGACCAAGAAAACAAGUGACUAUCGUUCAUAUGAAUUCACAAAAAUACUUCAUGUACACUUGAAAUGUAAAUAACCUUAAUUAAAAUCCUCGUACUAGUAAUUUAUCAUUUUUAACAUAUUAUGACAUUAAGUAUUUGUUUCUCCUUAAAUUAUUUAUUACUCAGCUUAGUUAUUGUUGUGAUAAGGCUGCUGUAACAUGUUGCACUACUCCAGGUCUGCAACAAACAAUUAGUCAACGACAUUUAUAUAAAUACAUUUGAUUUGAUGUGAUCAAAUUGACAAACUUGUUUGACCAAAAAUCCCAAAUCCAAAGAUCUUGAAUGUUGCAGAUUUGUUUUCUGUUGAUCGUCUAAUCGUUGCAGCUACACCACAAACCUCUUUGCUCCUCAGGUAUUGAUUAUUUGCACACAUUUUGAUGCAACUGUGUGAAUCUCCAAAGAUAAUUAUCCCACAGUACUGUAUAUGCACGUGCUCGGAAUGUAGUUUGAAGAUGAUUUAUAUUUAUUUCUGCCAGUUCAGCCCAUGAGAAGUUUCUCAUAUCAAAGAAACAACUGACUUGACCUCCAACACUAUCCAAAGCUUUUUAUCUGCUUGUGUGAAGUUACUUUCUUCUCGCACUUUAAAUUGUCAGCACCAGACUCAGCAGUUUGACUGUUUUAACUCCUCGCUGCAGGACCGCACAUCACAGCAUGUGUUUCCUCUGGCUGCGAUUCAAAGCCGCAAAGCCAAACAUCCUAAAGAGCCGAUAUUAAACCAACCUUCACUUUGAUUCAACCUCAAUUUUCAAACAUAUAAAAUGUCUGACUGCAGCUUUGGCAGAAAAAAAUAUUUAAAAAAGGUGAAAUUUGAACUAUAUGCACUUAAAAAUACUGCUCUCAUUUUCAAGAUGAUUAACAUCUGAAAUAUACUUUAUUUUAUUUUAUGUAAUUCACUGAAUGUUUCCUCUGUUUGUGUGAGUGGCAUCUUUUGUAUGCACUUUAAUCCAAAGGGGAUUUGUCAGUAUAU